AUGGCACACACAACGACAACACUUGUGGACCUCCUUGAAAAGUGCGGCCCAGGUCACGAGAUUUUGAGUUUCUUGCACGGUGGUGAAGUUGCUGGGCUUGCUUGCGUCUCGAAGACGGCGCGCGCUGCCGUCUCCCGGGAUGAUGGCACGCUGCGAUGUGAUCACCUGGUAAUCCGGUUCGGGUGUAAGGCGCGGAUGGACGACUUUGGCAGUUUCAUGAUUGCCCAGCGACGCGACCUGGGGCACAUAUUCACGCGUGUCGAUUUGCGGGGCGUUCAAUCAUUACUCGUUGAGGUUCGGGCGGACUACGGAGAACACCCGGAAGAGCCGCCAGUUGUCAUUGAUCACAUCAUUCCAGACAUUCUUCCCUUGAUGUGCGGGCAAAAGCUGAGACAGUUCGGCAUGAUCGUGCUCGAUAUAACUCCGAUACCGCGUCGAGCCAGCGUCCCUGAAAAUUGGAGAAGGCAGGAGGACCCGGAGCCCUGUGAGCAGUCAGCAUUCACUCGCUUCGCGCGCGCCUUGUCGUCGCUGAGGGGGUCUCUGGAGGUGCUGCACCUGCCCGGCUGCUUGGCAGAGCAGAGCAUUGACCUCCCUCCGGACGUCAUCGUGCGCAUGCGCAAGUUGAGGGAGUUACACAUCACGAGCGUUUUCGAUUUUGGACGUGUUUCUUCUGAUUCCCUUUUGAGUGCUGUCCUUCCGGAGCCCGCUGGCGCUACCGGUCCCCGCGGCCUCGCUGUAUUUUCCUGUCGUGGGUUCAGGGUCGGAAAUUGGACAGCGUUUCAAACAGGAAUGUCGGGUAAACACACGGAAAUUUGGAGGAAGAUCGCGACACCCUCGUUGCGAAAACUUUCCUUCCGUAUUAUUUGGAGCACCGCACAGAAUUACUACGACGACGUUAUCAAGAAAGCCACUUGGUUCUGGCGCUGUUGCGAGAACGUUACGAGCCUUGAGGUUGACAUCGUGCCAUGCGACGAAGUGCUUGCGCUUCUUCCCAACUUACGUUCGCUGACCCUUGCCGGUAGGGACUGGCUGGGGGGUGAUGAUUACAGAGAGAAUAACGCCCGUGGAUCGUUCGUCAACCUAGUACGCAACUUCAACUUCCGCAAAUGUGCGCUGGUCCUCCACCGUGUCGAGCUCUCUCACCUUGAGUUCGGCAUUCUAUUCGGAAUCUUAACGGGCGUGUACAAGGAGAUUGUCGAACACGAGGAAAACAGCGCAGCAGCGUCGCCGUUUCUGCACAACAGGAAGCUCUGGAAAGUGCUGUCCGAUAUAUUAGACCAACAAACGGAGCAGGACCCGCCCAGGGAGGCCAAGAUGAUUGCGGUCACAAGUGGCCCGCCCUUGUGCCCCAUGGUUGAGAUGGAGGUUAAUUCAGAAGAACAAGAAAAAUAAAUCUGGUAAGCAGUAAAGUGGGCGUAAGCACUUGCAAGAACAGAAGGGAGCUGUAUUUGGACGACUGAGAGCUCAGCAGGAUGAAUCCGCUUGGAACGAACGCACGCAAUAAAGGUGGGCGCAUUUGCUUGUAUAACCGGUGUUCUUGUUCGUCGGAUCAUCCGACGAAAAUGUCUACCAAGAAGCAAAUCGACGCUGUUUUGAACUGCUGAGGGACAUGCUCUCAUGUAGUCGAG